AUGUCUACCGCCCAAGAUGAAGGCAUAUCCCGCCUAAGAAAGAGCUUGGACAUCUCGGAGACGAAAGCCGAGAUAAACGCCGAUGAGUUGCGUCUGGCGCAAAUGGGUCAUACGCAAGAAUUGAACCGACACUUCAGCACCCUAAGUCUGAUCGGCCUGGCCUCCACGACAACCAUCUCGUGGACAGGGCUUGGUCUUGGUCUGAUCACCGAGAUUGGAGCCGGAGGCCCUGGUGCAGUUAUCUACGGUUUCAUUUUGGUGACGAUCUUGCAAUGCUUCCUCGGAGCGUCACUUGCCGAGUUUGUGUCCUCCUAUCCUACUGAGGGCGGCAUGUAUCACUGGAUUGCUGCUGUCGCGCCGAGAAGGUCAACGGGCAUUUUGAGCUUCCUCACAGGAUGGUUUAGUGUCCUCGGCUGGAUCUUCACCACUGCAUCUACCAACAUCAUUUAUGCGCAAAUUCUGAUGGCAUUGAUUGCCCUGUACAAGGCCGACCUCGAAAUCCAGGCAUGGCAGACCUUUAUUGUCUACCAAGGACUGAACCUACUCACUGCCGGCGUUGUCAUGUUCGGCAACAAGAUUAUUCCCGCCUUGAACAAGUUCUCGCUCUUCUACUUACAGAUCGGCUGGCUUGUUGUUUUGGUCACUGUGGUAGCCUGCGCCCCAACCCACCGCGAUCCCGAAUUCGUGUUCAGGACUUGGAUCAACACGACUGGCUGGCAGAACAACGGCAUCACCUUUAUCACUGGCUUGGUCAAUCCUCUAUACUCUCUUGGUGGUCUCGAUGGAGUGACCCAUAUCACGGAAGAAAUGCCUAACCCUUCGAGGAACGCUCCGAUGGCUAUUGCCAUCACAUUGAUCAUCGCGUUCUGCACUGGUCUCACAUAUCUGAUCAGCCUCAUGUUCUCGAUCCAGGACUUCGAUCAGUUAACUACCGGCAACACGGGCAUGCCGCUCGCAGAACUCUUCCGCCAAGUCACCCAGAAGACUGGUGGCGCGUUCGGUCUUCUGUUUAUCCUAUUUAUUGCCCUUGGCCCUUGUGUGAUUAGCUCCCAGCUCAGCACUGGACGAAUCUUCUGGGCCUUCUCCCGGGAUGGAGCUAUUCCUUUCUCCAGAGUCUGGUCCAAGGUCCACUCAACCUUGAAGAUUCCUUUCAAUUCGCAGCUUGUGGUCACGGCUGUCAUUGCCGCGUUGGGAUGCCUGUACCUCGGCUCCUCGACUGCUUUCAACUCCCUUUUGGGCACUGCCGUCACCAUCAACAACAUCUCGUACAUGUUCCCGAUUCUCACCAACUUGCUUACUAGAAGGAAGAACAUGCAUAAAGGUGCAUUUCACAUGGGUCAAACAAUUGGCACCAUUGUAAACAUCGUCACGGUAUGCUGGCUCACGUUUGCAAUUGUGUUUUUCUCCUUCCCUUAUGUCAUGCCGGUUGAGGUGACAAAUAUGAACUACACUUGCGUUGUUGUGGGUGGUCUUACAAUUCUUAUUGGCGCAUGGUGGCUGAAGGCGGGCAAGGAGUAUACGGAGAGGAUGAUGAAGGCCAAAGAGGCAUAA